AUCGAACUUGCCCAUAGAUUGCUUAUACUCAGGUUAUCCGGGUUCAGGUUGGUCCGUAUUUUCCGCUCAGAUUUUUAGACUCGCCACCAUAAAUAAAACCGAGAUCGCAGGAACUAUAAAAGCUAAAAGAUUGAGAUUAAGCAAACAUAUUGCUAGGGCGUGGAACAAUUUGUCAAAAUUGGAAAUUUGACAUCCGGAAAAGCUAGAGAAAGAAAUUGGGAAAUUUUUGAAAAUCAUUCAACUAAGUAAAAAUAAAAUAAAAAGAUAAAAUGUCUGGAACUGGUAUCGCGGGAAUUGAACUUACCUGUGGACCGACUCAUCUGAAGAGCAGGAUCCUAGUGAGAAACCUACCGCCUUGCACCCGCCAGGAGCUGUCUUUGCUCUGCGUGCCCUAUGGCCGAAUCGUUGGCUCGCUGGUGAUCGAUACCUACGGAUAUAUCCAGUUUAAUAGUUUAACCGAGGCCAAGAGAGCCAUAGAAUCGCUCAACCUUUUUAUAUUCAAAUCGCAGGCUCUCCGAGUCUCGAACGCCAGCAUUAGCUCCCUCAAGGCCACUUUUUCUGGCAUUGCUCGCCCGAAUAGGAGGAGGAUCGAGUGGUAUGAUGCGGAUGAAGUUAUCCUCGUGGAGCGGAUUAAGUAUGACGACGAUGAGAACAAUGAUGACGAUGAUAACGAUGAGGUAGAGAAUGACUCCGAAAGCGAUGACGAUGAAGGCCAGAAAUCUCGCACACGCAAGCGGAAGAGAAAAACUAACGCCAUAAACCCGAAAAGAAGGAGGGUCCAAUGGUCUGAUGUGGAUGAAGUUCAUGUCGUGGAGCGAAUUUAGUAUAAGAACUAUGUGGUAGAGGAUGACUACGAAAGCGAUGACGAUGACGAUGAAGACCAGAAAUCUCGCCCACGCAAGAGGAAGAGAAAAGCGAACAUCAAAUACGCGAAGUAAAAGAAGAAGUGUCAGAAUCGUGUAAUGGCCAAAAAAGCAAACCCCUAAAACCUCUAAAUUCAACUUCGUCUGAAAUUUGGUGUGAAAUAAACUGGAAGUCAAAAUA